AUGGAGGACGACGGCGACUCCUCCGUUGGGGACGCCCGCCGGGGCGCCAACGGCCAUGCGUCCCUCUACCGACUUGACUCAAAUCAGAGUCGGUCUAGUGUGUUUGAGGAUGUUGAGAUGGCGCAUGACGAGCUAUACUCGGGGCCCAUGGCCGAGAGUCUCCCGACCAGCGUGUCUGCUUUCUCCCACCGUCGUGCCCGCGCAGACUCGACUGCCAGCUUCACCUUCUACCAGGACGAGGAAGAAGAAUCAGGGCCAUUUCUCCAAGUAGAUAGUGCCAAUCUUGAGGACCUCGACGAGAUCCCGUUUGUCGAAGAUUUCGAGGACGAGGAGGACUCAUCCGACCAGCAACGUGCGGCUUCGGAUAACGACUACGUCCUGCACCGGCGGUCCUCGACCCAAUCCAGAGGCUCUGUGCACAGCAGGCUGCUGCGUAGGGAUAGUACUAUGACUGAGGCGAGUGGCUACGGCACCGGUCGCUCCAGCCAGAAGAUCUACAUGGUCAACGAGGAUCUCUACAUCGUUAUCGCUGGGUUCCGCACCAGCCAGAUCGGCCUGGCUGCAUACAUAGCCAUAUGUCUGGUCACCCUGGGUAUAGGCUGGCUCGUGUUUCGGUGGGUGCCCCGUUGGCAUAUCAAAAUCAUCGGACGGCCAUCUGCCCUUGGAGAAAGCACCUGGGCCGUGGUCGAGAAUCAAUGGGGAGAGAUGUCCAUCCUCGACAUCGACGCGAAGCCGUACGGCCGUCCCCUUUCCUCCGUUUUUGGCCCACCGGGGAAGGAGGCUAGGUACAUCCCUGACGAAGACCAGGAUCCUAUCCUCAACGAACUGCGCACUCUCAGUUACCGCUACGUGCGCUUCUAUUUCCACCCUCUUCGAGACAAGUUUCUGCUCUGCAACGGCUGGAAAGACCCGGCGUGGGUCGACGUGCGCGAACUCCGCGCAGGCAUGGACAGCGAGGAGAAAAGCCAUCGUGAUCUCGUAUUUGGGCCUAAUCUUAUCGAUAUUGAAGACAAGUCCGUCUUUCGCCUUCUCGUCGAUGAGGUUUUCCAUCCAUUUUACGUCUUUCAGAUCGCUAGUCUAAUACUCUGGUCCAUGGAUGAGUAUUAUUACUAUGCUAUCGCCAUCUUCUUGAUGUCGGUAGGAAGUAUAGUCGCGACACUCAUCGAGACCCGAUCGACUAUGAAACGACUCCGCGAGAUCUCGCGAUUCGAGUGCGACGUACGAGUACUUCGAAAUGGCUUCUGGCGUUACAUUGCAUCGGGUGACCUUGUACCUGGUGAUGUCUACGAGAUCAGCGACCCCAGUCUUACGCAGUUUCCGAGCGAUAGCCUUUUGCUAAGCGGUGACUGCAUCGUCAAUGAAAGCAUGCUGACAGGCGAAUCGGUUCCGGUGUCCAAAGUGCCAGCCACAGACGAGACCCUCCGCCAUCUUGAUCUUGCGGCGGCCUCAAUCUCACCCGAGACGGCAAGACACUUCUUGUUUUGCGGCACAAAGAUCAUUCGAGCUCGGCGACCCCAGGAUGACCGCGAUGAAGAGGCCGUGGCUCUGGCCAUGGUGGUCCGGACCGGAUUCAACACCACGAAGGGCGCUCUUGUUCGUUCAAUGUUGUUCCCCAAACCGUCUGGGUUCAAGUUCUACCGGGAUUCUUUUCGCUACAUCUCAAUCAUGGCUUGUGUUGCCGUGCUGGGUUUCAUCGCGUCCUUCGUCAACUUUAUCCGACUCAAGCUUGCCUGGCAUUUGAUCAUUGUUCGCGCCCUUGAUCUGAUCACAAUCGUCGUUCCCCCUGCACUUCCAGCCACUCUGACCAUUGGUAUAAAUUUUGCCCUCACUCGUCUCCGAUCGAAGCAGAUCUUCUGCAUCAGCCCUCAGCGAGUCAAUGUCGGUGGCAAACUGGACAUUAUGUGUUUCGACAAAACAGGCACCCUGACCGAGGAAGGACUGGAUAUACUUGGCGUGAGAGUGGUCUCAAAGGCGACAAACAAGUUUAGCGACGUUGUGACUGAGCCUGCGGCAAUGGUCCCUGCCCGGGAUCCUCAUAAUUCCGGACAACCUCUAGAAACAGCGCAACGGGCUGCCUUGUACACAAUGGCGACCUGUCAUUCUCUGCGAUCAGUGGAUGACUCACUGGUCGGCGACCCUCUAGAUCUCAAAAUGUUUGAAUUCACCGGCUGGUCUUUCGAAGAAGGCAAACAGAGUGCCGGGGACCAGAACGAUGAAGAGCAAGGAGGUCUGUCGCCUUCUAUUGCCAGGCCGCCCCCAGCCAUGGUCUACGAUCUAGACAGCAGAUCUCAGAGUGCUUCUGAACAGCCCUUUGAACUUGGUGUUGUCAAGUCCUUCGAGUUUGUCUCGCAACUCCGCCGCGCAAGCGUCAUUGUUCGCGUCUUCGGAGAACAAAGUGGAGAUAUCUACGUCAAGGGAGCUCCCGAGUGCAUGCGUGAGAUCUGCAAGCCAGAGAGCUUCCCCUCGGACUACGAAGAGCUCCUGUCAUAUUAUACCCACAAGGGAUAUCGAGUGAUCGGUUGCGCCACCAAACAUGUCAAGAAGCUGAGCUGGGUCAAGGCCCAGAAGAUGAAGCGACACGAAGCGGAGUCUGGACUGGACUUUGUUGGUUUCAUCAUCUUUGAGAACAAGCUGAAGCCAACUACCACGGCGGUGAUUGAUGAGCUCUUGCGGUCCAAUAUUGGAUGCGUGAUGGUCACUGGCGACAACAUUUUGACAGCCAUCAGUGUUGCCCGCGAGUGCAACAUGAUCAACAAAACAGCCCAUUGUUUUGUUCCUCAUUUCGUAGAAGGAGACGCGAGAAAUCCCAAUUCGCGGUUGCAGUGGGAGAGUAUCGAUGACAAUAUCUAUAAACUAGACGAGAACACGCUUAUGCCUUUGCCGCCCCCUGUCAAUGGCGAUGCUUCGUUGCCGUACGACAUCUCGAAUUUGAGAAACUAUUCCAUUGCAGUCAGCGGGGAUGUUUUCCGAUGGGUUGUAGACUUUGCGAAGCCGGAGCUAUUACAGCGUAUGCUUGUUUGCGGCAAGGUCUUCGCCCGUAUGUCUCCUGACGAGAAACACGAACUGGUCGAGAAGCUCCAGAGCAUUGACUACUGCUGCGGCUUCUGCGGCGAUGGAGCCAACGACUGUGGUGCGCUCAAAGCUGCGGACGUGGGUAUCUCGCUAUCUGAGGCAGAGGCUUCAGUAGCGGCACCCUUCACCUCGCGGGUCUUUGAUAUCCGCUGUGUGCCGCAGGUCAUUAGGGAGGGACGCGCAGCUCUUGUCACCAGCUUCAGCUGUUUCAAGUACAUGAGCCUGUACUCCGCUAUUCAAUUUACCUCCUUCCUCUUCAUCGACCUGGCGUUGAUCCUGCCCAUUGCCGUGUUCAUGAGCUGGUCGGGACCCUUCCCUGAGUUGUGUCGAAAGAGGCCAACCGCGAACCUCGUCUCCCGCAAGGUCUUGACUCCGCUGCUUGGCCAGAUGUGCAUCUGCAUUGCGAUACAGACGAUUGCCUUCAUUUUGGUUCGGAGACAGCCUUGGUACAUCCCCCCUAUCAUCAAGCACCAGAAGACCAACAUUAAGAACUCGGACAAUACGGCCCUCUUCCUGACGUCUUGUUUCGAAUACAUCUUUGCAGGAGUUGUGCUUAAUGCCGGUCCACCGUUUCGACAGGGCGUUUGGAAGAAUCUGCCCUUUGUUGCAACCAUUGCGGUCGCGGUACUGAUAACACUCUACAUGAUCCUUGGGCCAGCGCAUUGGGUCAAGAAGUUGAUGCAGCUGACCAAGAUCAGCUGGAGUUUCAAGGGGACCAUCAUCGGUCUGGGUGUGAUAUUCCUUGUUGUUGCUUGGGUGGCAGAGCACUACCUAUUCCCGAAGCUGGCGAGGCUGAUCGGGCAGGUCAAGGAGGCAAUCACGCAAAAAUCAAAGAAGAGAAAGGAGUACAAGCUCAUUCAGGAGAGAAUGAGGACCUAG